AAAAGGAGAAACGAAGCUGAAAAAAGGUCUUUGAGUGACUGUUGAAAAACAGGAAAUCCGCACUCUCUUACUGUUGUUAUCUCCUUCAUAAUUAACUCUCCCAAAUCCCACCCCAUAUUUUACUUACUUGACCUUUUUCGAAAAGAGUGUUGGUUUUACGUGAACUGGAUCCGCCUAGCCGGCCCUGCUACCUUCCCAAUCUGUCACAGCAAUGGCGGGUUACCGGGCAGAAGACGACUAUGAUUACUUGUUUAAGGUGGUUUUGAUUGGGGAUUCCGGCGUCGGAAAAUCCAACUUGCUUUCUAGGUUUACAAGGAAUGAGUUCAGCCUCGAGUCCAAAUCGACUAUCGGCGUCGAGUUCGCCACCAGAAGUUUGACAGUCGACGGCAAAGUGAUCAAGGCUCAGAUUUGGGACACUGCGGGUCAGGAGAGGUACCGUGCAAUCACCAGUGCAUACUAUCGCGGUGCUGUUGGUGCUUUGCUUGUGUAUGAUGUCACUAGGCACUCCACAUUUGAAAGCGUCGAGAGGUGGUUAAGAGAGUUGAGGGAUCACACUGAUCCAAACAUAGUUGUCAUGCUUAUUGGCAACAAAUGUGACCUCCGGCAUCUGGUGGCAGUCUCAACAGAUGACGGGACCUCAUUUGCUGAAAAGGAGUCGCUUUACUUUAUGGAAACUUCUGCCCUCGAUGCUACCAAUGUCGAGAAUGCAUUCACAGAAGUUCUCACGCAAAUACACCGCAUUGUGAGCAAGAAGAGCAUGGAGGCAGGUGACGACGGGAAUGCACAGAAUGUCCCGUCAAAGGGCGAACAAAUCGACGUGAGCAAAGGCGCAUCGGGUGUGAAGCAAGGAGGUUGCUGCUCCUCGUAGAUUUUUUUACCCUCGUGAGGUAUGAUGCCAGCUUCUUUGAGAUUGUGGUGUAAACUUUUACCUCUGCAGAUGUUAGAUAUAUUGUGAUCGACAUGCUAUAAUAUUUAUUGCUUUCACGGAGUGCCAAAUUCACAUAUGAUGUUUGAGGAACGACAUACUAAUUCAAAUAUCAUACAAGUGUCAUUUCAACAAAAAGAAAAAAAAAACAACUGUUUUUUGUUGUUGUUUA